AUGGAAAACGAGCAGAAUCAGCAGAAUCUGGGUCAAGGUGUAGUUCAUCAGCAACAUGCAAGGGAGCAAUUGAAUUCUGGGAUUGAAACCUCGUCACUUGGAACUGAAAAUCAACCAAUUGGAGUCGAUUAUAAUCAUCUACUGUUCUUGUCUCCAGCUGAUGUAAGUGGUAUACAAAUUAUCUCAUUUCAACUCACAGGCAUUGAAAAUUAUUGUAUCUGGAAUCGACCUAUGCGAGUUGCCUUACUAGGUAGGAACAAGUUAGGAUUAAUUGAUGGUACAUGCAAGAAAGAAAAAUUUCCAGAAAUUUUAUGGAAUCACUGGGAGAGAGUAAUUGCAAUUGUACUCUCUUGGAGUAUGAACUCUGUUUCUAAAAACCUUCUUGGAGGAAUCACGUAUGCUUCUUGUGCCCAAGUAGUUUGGGAAGAUUUAUUUGAAAGGUUUAAUAAGGAUAUAUGGGAAGAGUUUGAAGCCUUGGUACCAGCACCAGGCUGUGAUUUUCCUAAAUCUAAGGAUUUUGUUGUGUACCUUCAAACACUAAAGUUGUAUCAAUUUUUAAUGGGGCUAAAUGGCUCAUAUGCUCAGGCUAGAAGUCAGAUUUUAAUGAGGAGUCAUGUACCUACAGUUAAUCAAGCUUAUGCUGUGAUAAUGAGUGAUGAGGCUCAGAAAUCUAUAGCAUCCUCUACAGGAAUUUUAGGAACCAACCCUGCAAUGAUGACAAGAAACUUUGAUGGUCACAGCAAAGAAAAUUGCUACAAAAUAGUGGGUUAUCCACCUAAUUACAGACCAAAGAAGAAAGGGGGAGCAGGAAACAAUGCAGCUUUGUCAUUACAGACAAUCCAACACAACAGACAUACAAUGAUAGGUUGCACAUUCUUUAGAGAGCAAUAUCAUCAGAUUCUUCAACUUCUCAAUAGAACAGGAACUAGCCAGUCUUCCAGCAUAAUGUCAACUCCUGCAGCCAAUGCAGCAGGUAUUAGUUGUGCUAUGAUGUCUGAAAAACCAAAGAAGAUAUUUAUGCCAAAUGGAGACAUUUCUUAUGUUACUCAUACUGGUGAUAGCACUAUAUCAGAAGGAAACACAGAACUCUUCAGUGAGAAGGUGAGGGCGAUUGGUAGAGAAGAUGAUGGACUUUACAUACUAGAAAGACAAGCUUUUAGAACAUCUUUAGUAGUAACUGAUGGAAUAAAAAACAAGGAUCAGACAAUUUCAACUACAGCAAAGGAUAUUGACUUGUGGCACAAAAGGUUUGGUCAUGUUUCAACUACAAUUCUUAAGAAGUUACUUCAUAGUAAAGUAGAGCUCAUAGCUGAUACUGUAAAACAAUGUGUAGUUUGUCCUUGUGCUAAGCAAACAAGGUUACCUUUUCCUAUUAGCAGUAUUAAAACUGAAAGUAGGUUUGAUCUAGUAUGUAUGAAUCUAUGGGGGCCAUAUAAGACCCCUACGUAUGACGGUAAUAAAUUCUUCUUGACAGUUGUUGAUGAUUUUUCAAGAAUGACAUGGGUAUUCUUGCUCAAGCAGAAAUCUGAAGUACGUGUAUUACUACAACAAUUUUUGGUAUUAGUUAAAACUCAGUUUGACAAGAUUAUUAGAGUUAUUAGAACUGAUAAUGGCACUGAGUUUAUAAACUCAGUAUGCAGUGAGAUGUUUAAGAAACUUGGGAUUAUUCACCAAACUUCAUGUGCCUAUACUCCUCAGCAAAAUGGAGUUGCUGAGAGAAAGCACAGGCAUAUUCUAGAAAUCACCAGGGCUAUUAGGUUUCAAGCUAAAAUACCAAUAAGAUUUUGGGGUCACUGUGUGAAUGCUGCUGUUUAUCUCAUAAACAGAAUACCAAGUGUUGUUAUCAACAACAAAACUCCCUAUGAAAAACUAUAUCAUAAAACACCUUCGUAUUCUCAUCUGAAGAACAUCCAAUGUUCAGUACCUCAGUGUGUACUAGCACAUGAUCAAAUAUCAGUUCAAAUUCCAAGUGAUACUGUGGAACCGGAACUUAACCAUACUUUAGAAACUAUACAGGAGCUACCUCAAGGCUAUGAAGAAUUUGAUAAUCAAACUAUAGACAAUACAGCUCAAGAAUUUCAAGACCUACGCACUGAGAUGCCAUCUACAGAAUUCACAUUGAUCACAGAUCCAUUAGUCCAAUCUGGACAUAGAAGAUCUGAUAGGAAAAAAAUACCACCUAUAUGGCUGAGUGACUUUGUGUCACUUAAUAUUCAUCAAAAGGUUCCAUAUUCUAUCUCAAAAUACAUUACUUAUGAAGGACUAUCCCCAGCUUAUCAAGCAUACAUAGCCACCUCUUCAAGUGUAAUUGAGCCUACAACCUAUUCAGAAGCAGCCAAAGAUCCAAGAUGGAUAGAAGCAAUGAAAGCAGAAAUUGAUGCUUUACAAAGCAAUCAUACAUGGGAUAUAGUUUCUCUUCCUGAAGGCAAAAUACCAAUAGGAUGUAAAUGGAUUUACAAAGUAAAGUACAAGGCUACAGGUGAAAUUGAGAGGUUUAAAGCCAGAUUAGUAGCAAAGGGAUACAGUCAAAAGGAAGGAAUUGAUUAUCAGGAAACUUUUUCUCCAGUAAUUAAAAUGAAGACAGUAAGAACAGUACUACCAGUUGCAGCAGGAAAGAAGUGGCAUAUACACCAAAUGGAUGUGUAUAAUGCAUUCCUUCAAGGAGAUUUAUAUGAUGAAAUAUACAUGGAGCUUCCACAAGGAUUUAAGAGCCAGGGGAAGAAGAAACCAGUAUGCAGGCUCAUCAAAUCCUUGUAUGGCCUAAAACAAGCUCCAAAACAGUGGAAUGCAAAAUUGACCGAAGCCCUAAUAAAGUCUGAAUUAGAGCAAAAUCAGUUUGACCACUCCUUGUUCAUUAAGAAAACAUCUGAAGGUACUACUAUGGUGUUAGUAUAUGUCGAUGAUAUGCUUAUAACAGGUGAUAGUUUGAGUUUGAUUGAAGAAACAUAG